AUGUCCAAAGACGUAGUAGAGCUCAAAAAGAAUGUCAAGGCGCUUUCCCAAGCUGCCGGCGCCAAAAACGAGGGGGACAUUAUCUCCAUUCUGAAGAUCCUAAAGAACGAAUUCGACGUUACAGAACAAAUCCUUAGGGAAUCAAAAGCUGGCCUCGCCGUGGGCAAGCUCAGGAGCCAUGACUCGAAGGAGAUCUCGACCUUAGCCAAGGAGAUCGUCAGGAAAUGGAAGACGGCGGUGGACAAGCAGAAAGGGGGCAAGACGACAUCGGCGGCCUCGACACCGACCAACGCAGCGCCAAAACCAGCCGCGACGGGGACCGGGUCUUCGAACAACAAAGCUCCGACCCCAACGUCGGCAGGCCCGCUGAGGACAGCUAAAAGCGACGGCGUUACGGGCAGGACCGGCGACAAGGUGCGAGACAAGUGCGUCGAGCUCCUUUACGAUGCCCUCGCCAGCGAUUCGACAGCCCCCAUCGAGAUGGUCUUGAAACGGGCGUCCGAGGUCGAAGAGGCCGUCUUCAACCUCAAGGGCGGCGCCAACCAGGAAUACAGGGGCAAGAUUCGUUCGCUGUACGUCAACCUCAAAGACAAGAACAAUCCAACAUUGAAGGAGGACAUCGUCUCUGGUGAGAUUCCUGCCUCCAGAUUUGCUGUCAUGACCAGCGAGGAAAUGGCUUCCGAGGAGCAAAAGGCCGCGCUAAAGAAGAUCCACGAAGAGAACCUGUUCAAGUCUCUGGCCGCUCAGGAAGCAGACGCCGAAACCGAUGCAUUCCAAUGCUCCAAGUGCAAGCAAAGGAAAUGCCGAUACCGCCAGGCCCAAACCCGCAGCGCCGACGAGCCUAUGACAACUUUCGUCACCUGCGUGGUUUGUGGAAACAGAUGGAAAUUCUCAUAA